AGUGGGAUCCUUGAAAGGGACAGUUUUCUAAAGAAGGAGAAAUAGGAGGAGUUACAGUACCUGACUUGGGGCUGCUGUUAAUCAAGUGCUGCGCUGUAAGGAAGAUAAUUUUCAAGCGUUAUGAAGGCAGAGAAGGAUCCUGAAGACGAAGAAAAUAUCCUUAGAGAUCCAAGCUAAGUGUAGCACAGCAUGUGAGGGACUGAGUCACUGGUUCGGAGUUUGCGUGAGGGCUUUCUUUGUGAGCUGCAGAGAUUUGUAACUUAAUGCGGAGUGGUUUGCCAUUAGCCACAAGAAACUAAAUCCUGCCUAUGAUGAGCUGUUGGUUUUCUUGUGCUCCUAAGAACAGACAUGCAGCAGAUUGGAAUAAAUAUGAUGACCGGUUGAUGAAAGCUGCAGAGAGAGGGGAUGUAGAAAAAGUAUCCUCAAUCCUUGCUAAAAAGGGAGUCAAUCCAGGCAAACUAGAUGUGGAGGGCAGAUCUGCCUUCCAUGUGGUGGCCUCAAAGGGGAACCUUGAGUGUUUGAAUGCCAUCCUUAUACAUGGAAUUGACAUUACAACCAGUGACACUGCAGGGAGAAAUGCUCUUCAUCUGGCUGCUAAGUAUGGACAUGCAUUGUGCCUGCAAAAACUUCUACAGUACAAUUGUCCUACCGAACAUGUAGACCUGCAGGGAAGAACUGCACUUCAUGAUGCAGCAAUGGCAGACUGUCCUUCUAGCAUACAGCUGCUUUGUGACCAUGGGGCCUCUGUGAAUGCCAAAGACAUAGAUGGGCGGACACCCCUUGUUCUUGCUACUCAGAUGUGUAGGCCAACAAUAUGUCAACUACUGAUAGAUAGAGGGGCAGAUAUUAAUUCCAGAGACAAACAAAACAGAACGGCUCUCAUGCUUGGUUGUGAGUAUGGUUGCAGAGAUGCAGUAGAAAUCUUAAUUAAAAAUGGUGCUGAUGUAAGCUUGCUGGAUGCCCUUGGCCAUGAUAGUUCUUACUAUGCAAGAAUUGGUGACAAUCUGGACAUUCUAACCUUACUGAAGACUGCAUCAGAAAACACCAGCAAAGGGAGAGAACUUUGGAAAAAAGGACCAUCUCUGCAACAGCGAAAUUUGACACACAUGCAAGAUGAAAUAAACAUAAAGUCAAAUCAGAGGGAGCAUCAAAACAUUCAGGAUCUGGAGAUUGAAAAUGAAGAUCUGAAAGAGCGGUUGAGAAAAAUUCAGCAAGAACAAAGGAUACUAUUGGAUAAAGUCAAUGGUUUACAAUUACAGCUGAAUGAGGAAGUAAUGGUUGCUGAUGAUCUGGAAAAUGAGAGAGAAAAGCUGAAGUCUCUUUUGGCAACUAAAGAAAAGCAACAUGAAGAAAGCUUAAGAACUAUUGAGGCUCUGAAAAAUAGAUUUAAAUAUUUUGAGAGUGAUCAUUUAGGAUCAGGAAGUCAUUUCAGUAACCGAAAAGAAGAUAUGCUUCUUAAACAAGGUCAACUGUAUAUGACAGACUCACAGUGUACUUCCACAGGUAUGCCAGCUCAUAUGCAAAGCAGAUCUGUAUUAAGACCACUGGAGCUAUUACCCAGCCAAACUUCAUACUCUGAAAAUGAAAUUUUGAAGAAAGAGUUAGAAGCAAUGCGAACCUUCUGUGAGUCAGCAAAGCAAGACCGACUCAAGCUCCAAAAUGAACUGGCUCACAAGGUGGCAGAGUGCAAAGCUUUAGCCUUAGAAUGUGAAAGGGUCAAGGAGGACUCAGACGAACAGAUAAAGCAAUUAGAAGAUGCCUUAAAAGAUGUGCAGAAGAGAAUGUAUGAGUCAGAAGGUAAAGUGAAACAAAUGCAGACUCAUUUUCUUGCCCUCAAAGAGCACCUAACUAGUGAAGCAGCCACAGGGAAUCACAGAGUAAUGGAAGAACUGAAAGAUCAGUUGAAAGACAUGAAAGCAAAAUAUGAAGGUGCAUCUGCAGAAGUGGGAAAGUUAAGAAACCAAAUCAAACAAAAUGAGAUGUUAGUGGAAGAGUUUAAGAAGGAUGAAGGUAGGUUGAUAGAAGAAAAUAAGCGAUUGCAGAAGGAAUUUAGUAUGUGUGAAAUGGAACGAGAGAAGAAAGGAAGAAAGAUCAUGGAGAUGGAAGGCCAGUUAAAAGAAUUGUUAGCAAAAGUGGCCCUUUCCAUUCCAACAGAAAAAUUUGAAAACAUGAAGAGUUUAUUAUCAAAUGAAGCGAGUGAGAAAGCAAAAAAACUGGUAGAAAUGGAAAGAGAAUAUGAAAAAUCUCUUAGUGAAAUUAGACAGCUGAAGAGAGAACUUGAAAACAAUAGAGCCAAGUUUGCCCAACAUGUGAGACCAGAGGAACACGAGCAGCUUAAGAGCAGGUUAGAGCAAAAGUCAGGAGAGCUUGGGAAGAGGAUCACUGAGUUGACACUAAAAAACCAGGCACUACAAAAGGAAGUUGAAAAAGUUUCUCUGGAUAAUAAACUCCUCAACCAGCAAGUGCAUAAUCUAACAAUUGAAAUGAAAAAUCAUUAUGUUCCUUUAAAGGUAAGUGAAGAAAUGAAAAAGUCACAUGACGUAAAUAUUGAUGAUUUGAAUAAAAAACUUUCCGAUGUAACACAAAAAUAUACAGAGAAGAAGUUGGAGAUGGAGAAAUUGCUGAUGGAAAAUGACAGAUUAAGUAAGAAUGUUAGCCACCUAGAAACUGUGUUUGUACCUCCUGAAAAACAUGAAAAAGAGAUAAUGGCUCUGAAAUCUAAUAUUGUUGAACUUAAAAAACAGCAGUCUGAACUUAGUAAAAAAUGUGGUGAAGACCAAGAAAAAAUUCAUGCACUUGUGUCUGAAAACACUAGUUUGAAAAAGGCUCUGAGUAGCCAGUAUGUACCAGCCAAAACCCAUGAAGAGAUUAAGACUGCCUUGAAUAACUCAUUAGAUAAAACUAACAGAGAAUUAUUUGAUGUGAAGAAAAGCUUUGAAGAUAUAAAUCAAGAAUUCAUAAAAAUAAAAGACGAGAAUGAAAUUUUAAAAAGAAACCUGGAAAACACUCAGAAUCAAAUAAAAGCUGAGUACAUCAGCCUGGAAGAGCAUGAGGGAAAGAUGCAUGCUAUGAGUCAGAGCCUGAAGAAGGAGCAAGAUGCUAAUGCUUCAAUCCUGGCCAAGUACAACCAAGGUCAGGAAGAGAUUGUGACACUGCAUGCUGAAAUUAAAGCCCAGAAGAAGGAACUUGAUACAAUACAAGAAUGUAUCAAGUUAAAAUAUGCUCCAAUUAUCAGCUUUGAAGAGUGUGAGCGAAAAUUCAAAGCAACAGAAAAAGAACUAAAAGAACAGUUAUUACAGCAGACACAAAAGUAUACUGUCAGAGAAGAGGAGGCCAAGAAAAGCAAGCUAGAGAAUGACAAAUUAAAGAAGGAGAUUUCCGCCCUUCAGAAAGAGUUGAAGGAUAAGACUGUUCUGAUGGAGAAUUCCCGUGAAACUGAAAGAGCAUUAAGCACAAAAACAGAAGAGCUAAACAAAGAGUUAAAAGACCUGUCGCAGAAAUACACUGAAGUAAAGAAUGAGAAAGAGAAGCUCGUGGAAGAAAAUGCCAGGCAGAGUUCAGAGAUCCUUGCAGCACAAAAUCUUUUGCAAAAACAGCACGUUCCAUUGGAACAGGUUGAGGCUCUGAAAAAGUCUCUUAAUGGCACAAUUGAGAAUUUAAAAGAAGAACUGAAGAAUAAGCAAAGGUGUUAUGAGAAAGAGCAACAGACAGUGACCAAGCUGCAUCAGCUGUUGGAGAAUCAAAAGAACUCUUCAGUACCCCUGGCGGAGCAUUUGCAGAUUAAGGAAGCAUUUGAGAAAGAGGUUGGAAUCAUGAAAGUUAGCUUGAGAAAAAAGGAAGAAGAAAGCCAAAACAAAACUGAAGAAGUCUCCAAACUCCAGACCGAGAUUCAGAACACUAAACAAGCAUUAAAGAAAUUAGAGACAAGAGAGGUAGUUGAUUUGUCUAAAUAUAAAGCGACAAAAAGUGAUUUGGAGACCCAGAUUUCCAAUUUAAUUGAAAAACUAGCCAAUCUCAAUAGAAAGUAUGAUGAAGUAUGUGAGGAGGUUUUGCAUGCCAAAAAGAAGAAAUUAUCUACAAAAGAUGAAAAGGAUUUACUACAUUUCAGCAUUGAGCAAGAAAUCAAGGAUCAGAAGGAACGAUGUGAUAAAUCCUUAACAACAAUCACGGAGUUACAGAGAAGAAUACAAGAAUCUGCUAAACAAAUUGAAGCAAAAGAUAAUAAGAUAACUGAACUGCUUAAUGAUGUAGAAAGACUAAAACAGGCGCUCAAUGGCCUUUCCCAACUCACAUACACGAGUGGCAGCCCCACCAAGAGGCAGAGCCAGCUGAUUGACACUCUGGAGCACCAAGUGAAGACCCUGCAGCAGCAGCUGGCUGAUGCUGACAGACAGCACCAAGAAGUAAUUGCAAUUUAUCGGACACAUCUUCUUAGUGCUGCACAGGGUCACAUGGAUGAGGACGUUCAGGCGGCCUUACUGCAGAUCAUUCAGAUGCGGCAGGGGCUUGUGUGCUAGCGUUGGCACUGAGCAGCCCCCGCCUGCCUUAUCUUCCUGGUGCUGAGCAGUCUGUGUGCAACUAUGACUCUUCUGGGCCUAACUCUGCUACUAGAAUUAAAAUAAAAUAUAUUUUGUU